UGCCGCGACGGGGUCGACACCAUGCUGCUGCGUGGGAACGAACGCCGCGACGGCAUCUCACGCGCGUGAGACGCGAGAAAGAGGAACGUGAACAAUGACGGAACACACGAGAAAAAGGGCGACGAAUCAAAACAAUGUUCACAAUCAAAAGUAACGAGCACAAGUUUGGCAGGGAAAAAGGAACGUGAAGUGAUUUGGAUAAUUAGGAGGAUAAUUAGGAGGAUUGUGAGGAUUGAAGGUGGAAGAUUUGUGGUUCGGGAUAAACAGAAGGUAGACGGACACAAAUUCGAACCACACGCGGGUAGAUCCGGGUGGCGAUCCUCGGAGGGACGACGAGACGGGUUAGGAAGGACCAGGACAGAACCGCUGUUUGUGUACAACUACAACACAAACGUAGAACACAAAUCCGGAUCGGGUUGGACGGAAAACAGGAAACAAACAAAUUCUUUGAUCUGCCGUAAUAAAUUGGCUGAUUAACAAAGAGGUUUUUUCCGUUGGCGUCCGAACAUCAUCAAAGAAUUUGUUUCCGACGUGGAACAGUUCAGGAUGGCCCCCAAACCCAAGCCGGAUGUUCCUGCCGACUGCGUAGUCUGCGGCAAAGCGAAGGGUGACGACGCUGAGACGGUGGAGUGCGAAGCUUGCCGGCUUUGGGCACAUUUGGCGUGCGCUGGAGAAACGGGAAAAGUCGAGAAUUACUUUUGCCCGAACUGUUCUCAGUCGCUGCAAGUGCCAAAGACCCGGAAGAACGCCAAGAAGCCGAAAAGCGAUGCGGGCACUACUUCCGGCGCUGCUGACCUGCCAAAGGACGUGCUGGAACAGUUGGAGUUGGAACGAGUUGAGCGGGAGAAAAAGAUGGCCCAGGAGGUGAUGAUCCGUAUGAAGCGGAUCGAGAUGGAGAAGAGUUUUGCCGAGCAGGAGCUCCGGAUGGAAAGAGAGUUGCAGGAGAGGGAGUUUGCGGCGGCGAACGAGGUGCGCGCGCUGAAGCUCAAGAUGGAGCAGGAGUUUUUGGAUAGGCAGAAGGCUGCGGAGGAAGAGUUCCUCGCGAAGCAGAAGGAGAUGAAGAAGCUCAUCAAGAAGAGCAAGCAGAAGCUGGAGAAGACCGCGGUGGAUCCACCGGCUGGCAAGAGCGAGGGAGCGGGCGCGGGCUCGACGGACACUCCGAAGGGGGUUCUUGGAAAGCCGAAGAUACCCGUCCCCAAACUCAGCGAUUCCGAUCCCGACAGCAGUGGUGAUGAGAGCGACGAGAAGGAGGACCCGACGACACCGGUUUCCGGAUCGCGCGAGGUCUCUGACGGGCCGGGGAAACCGGUCACGAAGUUGACGAAGGAGCAGUUGGCGGCUAGACAAGCCAUGUCGCGACAUCUGCCGAAGUUCUCCGGGGAGCCGGAGGUGUGGCCUCUCUUCAUAAGCAGCUUCAGGUACACCACUGAAGCCUGCGGAUUCACGAACGUAGACAACUUGAAGAGGUUGGUGGAUUGUCUUGAAGGGCCAGCGCUGACGUUGGUGCAGGGUCGGCUCGUGCUGCCGGAUGCGGUGCCGGAUGUCAUCGAAGACUUGCGACACAUGUUUGGCCGGCCGGAGAAGCUGCUUCGGGCGCUUUUGCAGAAGGUUCGGAACGCGCGAGCUCCCACGAGCGAAAAUCUCGACACGUUCAUCCAUUUCGGGAUCACCAUCAAGCAACUGUGUGAUCACCUGGAAGUGUCGGGAAUGAAGGAUCAUCUGAACAACCCGAUGCUGGUCCAGGAGCUGGUUGAAAGAUUGCCGACAAGUCAUCAGCUCGACUGGGUGCGCUACAGACGGGGAAAGGUCAACACUCCGCUGAGAAUGCUGUCCGACUUCUUGUCGGAACUGGUCGAGGACGUGUCGGAGGUGGCCGAGUUUGCGGCGCUCUCGCUUCAGGAGCCUACGAAGUCACACGGCGGGAAGGGCAAGCGGAACGAGUUCGUGCACCUGCACGAAGCGACGAGAGAGAAAGCGGCGGGUGGCAGAACGAGCAUGGCUUGCUACGUUUGUAAACAAACCAGCCACUUGAUACGGAACUGCAGCGAGUUUAGAGGAAUGCGGGUGCCUGAGCGCAUGAAGACCGUGGAGCGCUUGAAGCUGUGCACGGUGUGCUUGAGCAGCCAUGGCAACAGCGCGUGCCAUUCGAAGAUGCGCUGCCAGAUCGGAAAUUGUCGAGGACAUCAUCAUCCGCUACUUCACCGCGAGGAAGCUGCGAGGCAGUUCCAGCGCGUUGACUGCAACACGCACAAGGUCGACGGCGGGGUGAUCUUCCGGACAAUUCCGAUCACCAUGUACGCGGGGAGCAAGGCGUUCAACACUCUGGCGUUUUUGGACGAAGGAUCGUCGAGUACACUCAUGGAGGAGUACGUGGCCAACAAGCUGGGAGUGCAAGGAAAGCUGGAGCCGCUGGUCGUGUCCUGGACUGCCGAGAUCGAUCGGCACGAGAACCAAUCUCGCCGGGUGAGCCUGACGCUUGCGGCCAGAGGUUCGAGAGAGAUGUUCCAGUUGGAGAACGUGCGGACGGUUUCGAAGCUGCAGUUGCCGCAGCAAGAUGUAAGAUUUGCAGAGGUGCAGAAGCGGUACGAUCAUCUGGCGGGCGUACAGGUUGCGGAGCAGGUCAAGGAGAAACCGACCAUCUUGAUCGGGCUUGACAACAUCCAUCUCUUCGCGCCGCUGGAAUCAAGAGUUGGUCAACAAGGCGAACCGAUUGCAGUCCGUUCGAAGCUCGGCUGGACCGUGUACGGACCUGAUACACCCAAGCCCUUGGUGCAUACGUUCCUGAAUCUGCAUGUUGUCAAGCCGGCCAGUAACCAAGAACUCCACGACAUGAUGAGGGACCAGUACGUCCUGGACGAAGCUGGUGUUGCGUCGUUUGCGGUGCCGGAGUCUGCCGAAGAUCAACGAGCGAAGAAGAUUUUGGAGACGACGACGAAGCGCACCGGAGAGCGGUUCGAAACCGGUCUGCUGUGGCGCGAGGACGAGCGGCGAUUCCCGGACAGCUACCCGAUGGCAACGCGGCGGCUGCAGGCGUUGGAGAGGAAGCUGGACAAGAACCCGGCGUUGAAGCAGAACGUCUCUCAACAGAUCGCAGAGUACCAGAACAAGGGGUACGCGCACAAAGCAACGGCCGAGGAGCUGAAGACGCCCAGCAACGCCGUUUGGUAUCUGCCACUGAACGUCGUCCUGAACCCUCGGAAGCCGGACAAGACAAGACUGAUUUGGGACGCGGCGGCGUCGGUGCGGGGUGUCUCGCUGAACUCACAGCUGCUCAAGGGACCGGACAUGUUGGUGCCGCUUCCACGAGUGGUGUGUCGUUUCCGAGAACGACCGAUCGCGCUGGGUGGUGACAUCCAAGAAAUGUACCAUCAGAUCAGGAUCAGAGAGGAGGACAAGCAAGCUCAACGCUUCCUGUUCCGCGAGAACCCUGCCGACGCUCCGCAGGUGUACGUCAUGGACGUAGCAACAUUCGGGUCGGCUUGCUCCCCAAGUUCGGCUCAGUUCGUGAAGAACCUGAACGCGGACCAGUAUGCGGAGGAGUUCCCGGAGGCAGCUGCGGCGAUUAAGGAACGACACUACGUGGACGACUACUACGACUCGGUGGACACGGUCGAGGAAGCGAUUCGGCGGGCCAACGAGGUGAAGUUCAUCCACUCGAAAGGAGGUUUCAACAUCCGGAACUGGGUGUCGAACUCGAAGAAGGUGCUGGACGAGAUGGGAGAACGAAGCGUGAAGACAUCCGUGCACUUCAACCAGGAAAAGUCGGCUUUCUACGAGCGUGUACUCGGCAUAGUUUGGGAACCGGAUCAGGACGUGUUCUGCUUCGCGGUGGCCUCGAAGCCGGAGUUCCGCGACGUUCUGACGGGAGAGCGACGCCCGACCAAACGAAUCGUGCUGAGUGUGGUCAUGGCGCAAUUCGAUCCAGCGGGAUUCCUCGGACCGAUCACCAUUCUCGGGAAGAUCCUGGUGCAAGAUCUGUGGCGCACGGGGUGCGAGUGGGACGAAAUGAUCGACGAGUUGGCUUUCCAGAGGUGGCUGCGUUGGAUCAACAUUUUGGCGGACGCGAAGCACUUCAAACUACCAAGGUGCUACUUCGGGAACGCGCGGUGGGACGAGAUUGAGGAGAUUCAGCUGCACAUCUUCGCGGAUGCGGGCGACAAGGCAUACGGAUGCGUGGCGUAUUUCCGGGCAGUUGUCCGGGGCGAAGUGGUGGUGGCGCUGGUUAUGAGUCGGUCCAAGGUGGCGCCGCUGAAAAUGCUGUCCAUCCCGCGUCUGGAGCUGGAGUCGUGUGUACUUGCGGCGCGCAUGUCCCAGGCGAUUCACGACAACCACAGUUUCCCGAUCAGCAAGACCUUUUUCUGGACUGAUUCGGCGGUCGUCCUGUCGUGGAUCCGCUCCGAUCAGCGUCGCUACAAACAGUUCGUCGGGUUUCGGAUCGGUGCCAUUUUGAGCAUGACGUCGCUGAUGGAUUGGAACUUCGUACCAACGCAACACAACAUCGCCGACAUCCUGACGAAGUGGGGUAAGGACCCGAACGUCCGGCCUGACAGUCCGUGGGUCUGCUGCCCGAGGUUCAUCCACGACCAGCAAGUAAACUGGCCGAAGAAAAGCCUGCCCCCACCGAACACCACGGAGGAACUUCGCGUGCAUCUUCUUCUACACGACGUGCAGGUGGUGGACACCAUCGUGGAGGUGAACCAUUUCUCAAGGUGGACGAUGCUGGUGAGGACCAUGGCGUGCGCUCACCGAUUCGUGUCGAACCUCAAGCGGAAAACGAAAGGGCUGCCGAUGGAGACGCUGCGUGCGACGAAGGCGCAGGCGAAGAUGCUGAGACCGACGACGGUACCAUCGGUACGUGUGGCUCUGCAGCAGGACGAGUACAAGCAGGCGGAGGUGUACCUGCUGAAGAUGGUGCAGGCGGAGAGCUUCAUCGACGAGUCAAGUCCGCUGUACAAGCUGACUCCACUGGUCGACGAAGACGGUUUGCUGCGGAUGGAAGGGAGAACCGAGAACGCGGAGUUUCUGCCUUUCGAUCUGAGAUUCCCAGUGAUUCUACCGAAGGAUCACCAUGUCACCCGGAUGAUUGUCCAGCACUACCAUCAGAAGUUCGGACACGGAUAUCGCGAGACGAUCAAGAACGAGCUGCGCCAGCGUUUCUUCAUUCUGGGGGUCAACACACUGGUUCGACAAGUGGCGGCGGCGUGCGUCUGGUGCAAGGUGCACCGCAAUCAGCCGUUGGUUCCAAGGAUGGCGGCGCUUCCUGUGCAACGCAUCACACCGAAUCUUCGCCCGUUCAGUUACGUCGGGGUUGAUUAUCUGGGUCCGCUCGACGUGUCAGUGGGACGCCGGUCCGAGAAGCGUUGGGUAGCGCUGUUCACUUGCUUCGUGACGCGCGCGGUGCAUCUGGAGGUGGCGUAUGGGCUGACGGCACAAACGUGUCUGAUGGCGAUUCGCCGUUUCAUCUGUCGUCGAGGCCCUCCGGUCGAGUUCUUCUCCGACAACGGAACGAACUUUCGGGGCGCGAGCAAGGAGCUGGUGGAGACGGUGCGGAGCAUCGGGAACGACUGCGCCGAGGUGCUGACAACGUCGAGAACGAAGUGGACCUUCAACCCACCCGCUGCACCCCACAUGGGGGGUGUUUGGGAGCGUUUGGUCCGCUCUGUGAAAGAGGCGCUGGAGGCGUUGGACGACGGGCGGCGGCUGACGGACGAGAUUCUGGUGACCUGUCUGGCGGAGGCGGAGGACAUGAUAAACUCACGUCCGCUCACGUACGUGGCUCAAGAAUCGUCGCAAGCGGAGGCCCUCACACCAAAUCACUUCAUCCGAGGAGUUUCACCGAACGAACCCAACGCGGUCCCGCCAUCCCCUCACCCUGCAGAAGCUCUACGUGACGCCUACAAGCGGUCGCAACAGUUGGCAGAUGUGAUGUGGCAGCGCUGGGUCAAGGAGUACGUGCCGUCGGUGAAUCAACGCACGAAGUGGUUCGGUGAGUCGAGGCCGCUGAAGGCGGGCGACCUGGUCUACAUCGUCGACGGGAAGAACAGGAAGUCCUGGAUCCGCGGAGUGGUCGAAGAGCCGAUCGUGUCCGGCGACGGGAGGAUUCGCCAAGCAUGGGUGAGAACCAGCAGCGGGCUGGUGAAGCGCGCGACAGCGAGGCUGGCCGUGUUGGAGAUCGAGGGUAAACCUGCUUCAGAAGCCUCGGAACCGGGUUUACGGGCCGGGGGAUGUUGAGGCUGCUCACUGCCGCGACGGGGUCGACACCAUGCUGCUGCGUGGGAACGAACGCCGCGACGGCAUCUCACGCGCGUGAGACGCGAGAAAGAGGAACGUGAACAAUGACGGAACACACGAGAAAAAGGGCGACGAAUCAAAACAAUGUUCACAAUCAAAAGUAACGAGCACAAGUUUGGCAGGGAAAAAGGAACGUGAAGUGAUUUGGAUAAUUAGGAGGAUAAUUAGGAGGAUUGUGAGGAUUGAAGGUGGAAGAUUUGUGGUUCGGGAUAAACAGAAGGUAGACGGACACAAAUUCGAACCACACGCGGGUAGAUCCGGGUGGCGAUCCUCGGAGGGACGACGAGACGGGUUAGGAAGGACCAGGACAGAACCGCUGUUUGUGUACAACUACAACACAAACGUAGAACACAAAUCCGGAUCGGGUUGGACGGAAAACAGGAAACAAACAAAUUCUUUGAUCUGCCGUAAUAAAUUGGCUGAUUAACAAAGAGGUUUUUUCCGUUGGCGUC